AAUUGAUUCACAAGAAAACCGUGACAAGAGAAGCUAAAGAGUUAGAACCUCAGACGGUCCUCGCCUCAGAAACAGAGUUAAAAUUUCGCAACACACACGUAACUUGCUAAGGUUUCAAGCGAACUAUCACCAAAAAUUAGGAUCCUGGGUCUGAUCAAGAAGCUAAAGACUUUCGAAAGUAUUAUAUGGAUUUCAAUGAUCCGAUGUUGGUCCUGAGUUCCUGGAUUGCUCAAAUUGUUGAUUUUGGACUUGAUUUGCUAUGGUGUUUCAUACACAUUGUUGUGAGCUUAUGUCACAUUGUCUCUGGCACGUUUGAGGCGAUAGAAAGCUAUGCGAUCUCGUUAGGACUGAUUCAAAAAUACAGUUCAAUUGAUAUCGAGAAGCUUAAAUGUCUAGCGGUUGUAAUGGACAUAGAAGCAGCUCGAGAUGUUUCCAAGGUUAUUGAGCUUUUGCAAUGGCUAACGACCAUUGGGGUGAAACAAGUUGGUCUUUUUGACUCCCAAGGUUUAUUGAAGAAAUCCAAGGAUAUGAUCCUUGAAAUGGUGCCACGUUCAGUGUUGUUACAGGAAACUGGUGAGAGGGAUAUUUCGUCUGACCGCAUUGCUUUAGAAUUCAUUUCGUCUUCUGACAAUAAAGAAGCUGUUGUGAAAGCAGCCAACAUACUACUUGACAAGUACUUGAAAUCCAGCCAUCCUGACAAGGGUGAAGAAGGGGAAAACGUUUUUACAGAGUCUCAUCUGAACGAAGCAUUAAGAGUUGUUGGUGAGAAUGUACAGGGUCCUGAUCUGUUGCUGGUUUAUGGACCUGUAAGGAGCCACCUCGGUUUCCCUGCUUGGAGACUUCGAUACACUGAGAUAAUACAUAUGGGAUCGUUGAAGUAUAUGAGAUAUGGCUCCCUUUUGAAGGCAAUCCACAAAUUCACAGGCGUGCGCCAAAACUAUGGGGUUUGAUGGUGAUUACAGAGAGAGCAGAGCUUCCAAUAGAAUUUUUUUGAAUGUGAUUCACAUAUUUGUCGUUCAAAGGAGACAUUGUUGGAGAGCUGUUAAUUCAGUGCACCCACCAUUGUUGCCAAUUUGUUCACAUCUUAUUCUGACAAUUCCAUGUUAUACAGAUUCACAACUCAUAGCUGACAUAUGCAUUGGCAUUGUAUAUGAGUUUUAAGUACUAAUGAGCUGGAUCAAUCCACCCCAGUACUGGUCAUAA